AUGUCUCCUUCAGUCUCAACCGCAAGCAAGGCUCAAGUCCGUCGAUCGAAAUCCAAAGCCACCCUCACCACCAAACUGGACCGAAAGGACCCCCUCUCUGUCGCCCUCCUCCCUCCUUCCAACGAAACACCUUCGCAAAAAGCCGCCCGGCUAGCGGCGGAAAAAGAAGCAAAACAGCGCUCAGAUGAAAUCGACCGCCUCCUCAACACUUGCACGUCUCCCUCUUCACUCGCUUCCUCCGUCUACACCUCUGACUCGGCUCUCUGGGGUUCAAAAAAGGGAAGAGUAUACAAAAUGGUACUGCUCGGCCAAGCAGGUGCUGGUAAAACAACAGUAUUGAAACAGAUGAGAUUGCUGUACGAUCCAGCAGCGCACGAAAGAGAACGCAGAGGCUGGGUCAAGAUUGUUUUGUUGAAUUUAACUGCUAGUGUGAGGGCCUUGUUGGAGAGCAUGGCGAGCUAUUAUGGGGAUAGGGCCGAGCGGAAGAGUGUUGAGCUUGGAAGCAUGGAGACAGCGGUGGGGGAGGGCAAGGAGAAGGGAAAGGAGGAGGGCAAGGGAGAUAAUAAUUUGGGGCCGAGAAAUCAAGUGAAUGAAGGGGUGCGGAUGGGUUGGAUGAAGCAUUUGCAAGAGGUGAAAGGGUUGGAGAGCAAGUUGAGGGCCGAACUGGGGGCGUUCGGUGAAGAAGUUGAGCUUCUGGGUAGUAAUGGUGUCCAUGAGGCCGGACAGGAGAAAGAGAGAGGCAAAGGUGGGGAUAAGGGUCCCUUGUUGUUCAGACCUGGCUGGCAGGAGAGGUUGUUUACUUAUGCUAGACGAUCGUUCUCUCUCACUAAUCCUUCUCGUCCCGCUGAUCCUCAGCAGAGUCAGCCGGUAGCAGAGCAAGAAGGUGGUGAGGGAGGAGAACAGGACGCAUCCACAACUCGAACGAUCACCCUUCUCACCUCGAUCCAAACCGACGUUUUGGGGCUAUGGAACGACGAUCCUCGCUGUCGAUCCCUCCGCAAACGAGGCUUAUUCCUCGAUAGCCAAUCCGAUGCAGCAACAUCCUUUUUCCUCGAUUCCUACACCCGCAUCCUCUCCCCCCUCUACUCUCCCUCCGACGAAGAUAUCCUCCAUUCUCGAGUCCGAACCCUGGGCGUAAGCGAAAGCAUUUUCCGCAUCGACAAAUCCCUCACCUAUCGAAUCUACGACGUCGGCGGCUCUCGAUCCCAACGCACAGCCUGGGCUCCCUUCCUGGAUGACGUGGAAAGCAUCAUCUUCCUUGCGCCCCUAUCCGCUUUCGAUCAACCUCUAAUUGAAGACCCCGAUACGAACCGACUUGCGGAUACUUUUGCCCUCUUCAACCAAAUCGUUUCCAACCCUUUACUCAGCGGAGCGAGUAUCAUCUUGUUCCUCAACAAAAUAGACUUACUCGAGAAGAAGCUGAGGGCAGGAGUCAAGUUGGGCAAAUACUGGGUCGAGUAUGAAGGGGACAAUGAUUUUGAGGCUGUUUGGAGAUGGUUUAGGGGUAAAUUCCGGGAAUGUUUGAGGAUGGCAGAGGAUGAGAUGGGUGGGGGGAAGAGGAGGUUGUAUGUUCAUACCACCGUUGCGACCAGUACGAAACAGAUCAGGGCGAUCUUGAUGAGUGUCAAGGAUAAUGUUCUGAGGGAGAACCUGAAAGUGACGGGCUUGGUAGGUUAG